GGCUAUCAUUGCGUUCGGGCUGCUGCGGAGCCUGCUCGUGGUCUUCCUGGCCCUCAACACGGUUGUCUUUCACGGCUCGAAGUUUGAGUUCACGGGCAGCGCGACCACGCAGAUCUUCACCGCCGCGAUGGCCCUAGCCGGGGUGCCGGUGAUGCUUGCCGCACUAUGGGGCGCGUCCGCGAAGGCCGUGGCGCCCAUCCGCUUGUAUGUGUACUACAUGCUGGCGGCCAUGGCCAUAGACCUUGUCUUCAUCCUGAAAGACAUGGUCAUCAGCGGCCCCUGCCAGCACCUGCCUGGCGUGGUCGGACCCGGCGGCGCGGCCUUUGCUUGUGGCAUUGCGCGGAUGCUCAACUCCUUCACGAUCCUCUUUGUCUUAGGCGUCGAGCUGUACUUCAUUUUCGUCGUGAGGUCAUACGCCGAGGAGCUCCGGCUGGCGAGCGGCCAAGACCUGUCCGACCUGGCCUACUACAGUGACCCAAAGGCCCGGCGUGCAGCGGGCAUGGCGGCGGGCAGCCGCUACGGCGCAGUGCCAGAGUACGGCGGCCUACUGGAGAGCCGGCAGCGAAUGCUCGGCGGCUCCACGGCGAUCUUCAGCGGGGGGCACCACGAGCUCCGCUAUCCCCGGGUGUGCGGCAACGGGCGGGGGGGACAGCCGAUGUCAGCUGAGCGGCCACCCGGCGCCACCCCUCGACGCCCCCCCGCGUUGGUCAUGAUGAAACGUCGCAAUCAAGGCAGGAUGAAGCGCCGAUGUGGGGGGCAGGCCCAAGGUGCAGGGCCCGUUCCCACCCAGGGACACUUGGUACACCCAGCAGCGCGCGCCCAGCGGAGCAAGCACGGCGCAGAUCACAACUCGAUUAUGUCGUUUUGCUCGCUGACGAGUUGGACGAGUGUCGGGUGAUCUUGGUCAUCUCUUUUUGAAGAACCAGUCGCCAGGAUCUCAAUGUCCAUCUUGAUUUUUUCAGUGCGUUGGAUUGUUGGGAGCACCGGUGCCGCUGCCCCUGUCCGUUGUCUUCGAGGCCCCGGUGGCCACGGCGGGGUCCGCCUCGGACUGCCGGUCAGGGCGCUCCCCAAUGGAGCCGCCAGGAUCUCAGGGCACCCAGCUCCGCCAGCGCCCGACCGUUGCCGUGCAGCCGGGCAUCCGCCGCCCCACACCCUCUGAGCGGCUGGGGCCGCACGAAAGGGGGGGGGAUAGGGACAGGGGGGGUUACGACGCAGCUGGUUUCGGCCCCGCCGCGGGGCCCAUUCCUCGACACAUC